UAGUUAGUAUUGAAGGAGAUUCCUCGAAAUUCACUCGACGCUGAUCAAUGUGUUGGUUAUAUCUGUGUAGUAAAGUUUGGUGUGUGCGUCCAGUCUUCAGAUUACACAAAAAUUUCACUAUAGCCUCCGAAGUUUCAAGUCUCAACGUGUUCGACGAUGCUGCAUCAGUUCACGAGCCAUUUCCUGCGGCACACAGCUCCCAGCCGCCGCCACCUCACGCCCGAGCUGCUGCUGCGGCUGGUGACGCCCGCCUGCGCGCUGUGGGCCGCGCGCGCUGAGGACUCGCCCUUCGCUGACCCCUACUGGGGGUUCUACUGGCCGGGGGGACAGGCCACUGCCAGAUACAUUCUGGACAAUGCGGCAAUAAUAAAAAAUCGCAGCGUGUUGGACGUGGGAUGCGGCUGCGGUGCGGGCGCUAUAGCGGCUGCCAUGAGCAACGCUAGAACAGUUGUAGCUAACGAUAUUGACCCUUUUGCAGUAAUGGCUACAAAUAUUAAUGCAGAACUAAAUAAAACAAAAGUUGAAACGAGUACCGAAGACUACAUUGGAAAGAGCUGUGACGAUUUUGAUGUAAUUCUAAUAGGAGACAUGUUUUAUGACGAAGAGUUUGCGAGUAUAUUGUUUGCGUGGCUCAAUCGAUUGUCUGCUGACAACAAAAUGAUACUCAUAGGAGAUCCAGGGCGGCACGGUCUGACGGAGGGCAGGAGAAGUCAGAUGACUUUACUGGCUAGUUACGAGCUACCGCAGGAGACGCGCGACGAGAACAACGGCUUCACUCACACUACUGUUUGGCAGUUGAAUAAAUUAUGACACUUG